AUGAAACAAGGAAUUAUUGAAUAUGUUAAUUCAGAAAAGAUUUGCGUAAAUGCUUGCUUGGAAACCGGAUGGUUAUAUGGAACAAAUUCUCAGUGGCCACCAUAUUCCAUCUACACAGGCAGUAACGGCCUGGCUGGUGUGAUGAAAACCAUUCUAACUGUCAUCUCUCAGCAAGUGAAAUUUUGCUACGAGUUGGUGCGCCCGAAGGAUACCGGAUGGGGCUUCAAGCUCCCCAAUGGCACUUGGUCGGGUAUGGUGGGCAUGUGUACCCGGGGGGAGGUGGACAUGAUGCUUGGUCCAAUGGGCAUCAGCUGGGAAAGAGCUUCAGCGGUAGACAUGAGUAUUCCUCUGUUCCACGACCAACAGGUGAUCGCGUACUCGCGCCCCAAGCUGGAGUCUGACCUGGCAGGCUUCGUCAAACCUUUCACUCCCAUGAUAUGGUUGUUAAUUGUGCUGACGACCACGCUGGUGUUCAUCACCACCUCUGUUUUGCUACUGGCUAUCAGCGCGUGGGAUUCCACCCGGGUUUCCAAAGGCAGCGCUGAUACCACAGGCCGGGCAGCCAGGUCUAUUCGUGAUCCUGAUGGAGGCCUACUCGAGGCCAGCACUGUGACGGGACGGGAGGCGAGGCAGAAGAUUCAUCACGUGAUGCUCUGGACUUAUGGCGUGAUGGUCGCACAGUCUUUAAGAUGGGCAUCACACAGCCACACGGAGAAGGUGUUGGGAUGUUUCUGGCUCGUCACAGCGUUCAUAGUCUCCACCGUCUACACCGGUAACCUCAUGGCUAUGAUCAUCAUUCCGAAGGUGAAUAUUCCAUUCUCCAACUUAGAAGAAAUGACCGAGCAGACAAAAGUUCCCUAUAUAUUGAUGGGAGGCAGUGUCGUCUAUGAGACAAUGAAGGCGGCAGAUAAGAGCUCGUUGUUCGGGAGGACAUGGGACAGGAAGAGAGCAGCAUCCUGGACUUAUGAGGAGGGCGUGAGGAAGAUCAUGAUAGAUGGCUAUGCUAUCAUAGUCGACCAGACCACCAUACUUGGCAUAUUACACAACUCCUUCUCUAAGGCAGCGACGUGUCCACUGUGGAUGACUCGGGAGGUGAUACUAAGUUAUAUGCUGAGUUUGAGCUUCAAUAAGAACACUUCUCUCAAGGCUCGCGUCGACCCGGUGAUACAGCGGCUGCGGGAGGGAGGUUUGGUGGAGUACUGGCUGCGGCAACAGCUGCGGAACUCCACCCACUGUCUCACACCUCCGGGAUCCGAACCCAUUGAGCAGCGCGUUCUUCAGCUCCGGGACUUUUACGGUGUUUUCUCCCUCCUUGGUUUCGGAAUUGGCUUGUCUCUAGCGGCGUUCAUACUUGAGGUGCUGCUGUUCCACUUACGCUCUCAGGAAUAUCCUUUAGCCCAUCCAAGAGCCCAAACUAUUAAGUCCGUCCUCCCGUGUAUCCAAGCCCACAUGCCACCAAACAGGCGAUAAAGAAGCAAGCCUAUCUACCACCACUGGACCCUCUCCAAGACUGAACAUUCUAAACUCUGCUUAACAUAAUGCAAAAAUAAUUAUUAUAUAAAUCAAACUAAUAUAUAUGUAUGGAAGUUUUCUUUGAUUUGCCUCUCGUGCAAUGUAUAUUGUUAUGACCAUUUAUUUUAUUUUUUAAUUACUAUCAUGCCUGGAUAUAUAUUGAAUUGUUCCGUUAUUGAGAUAUAUAAGUAUAUUCAC